UACACAUCCAAAAGGGAUACUGAAGCGCCCUUUUUCAUCGGAGUUUUACUAUUACUGCUAAUACUACACUCCAAUCGCCAUACGGAAAAGUAGCGGUGCCGGAAAAUGUGCUCCACUAAGCAAAACCAGAAGCAAAAGCUCCACAAUCAGCGCUCCUCCGUGCCUACCUCUACCUCCGUCGCUGGCGGUGGAGGUGCCGGGGACUGGAGGGAAGAAUCCAUAGCCGGCGGAUCACUAAAGCAUGUGGAUUUGGAAAAGGGAAAAAACGGUUGGGCAUCACCACCGGGAGACCUGUUUAAUCUGCGAGGGCCAAAUUACUUCACGAAAAAAGCGAAAAUACCUUCUGGCGCGUGGCUUCUACAGCCCGCCGGCGUCGAUUGGCUCCGAUCUAACUCCAAGCUCGACCACGUCCUCGCUCGACACGACAACCGUGUGAUGAACGCGCUGAGGAAAUCUCACUCCGAAGGGAAGUCUCUCAAAACCUUCAUAUUCGCUGUGAAUCUCCAAGUCCCAGGGCGUGACCAACACAGCGCGGUCUUCUACUUCGCUACAAACGACGAUGAGCCGCUCGAACCGGGUUCUCUCCUCUAUCGGUUCGUCAACGGCGAUGACUCGUAUCGGAACAGCAGGUUUAAGAUCGUGAACCGGAUCGUGAAAGGCCCGUGGAUCGUGAAAGCCGCAGUAGGGAAUUACUCAGCUUGUAUACUCGGAAAAGCGUUGAAUUGCUACUAUCAUAGAGGUCCUAAUUACUUAGAAAUUGACGUCGAUAUCGGCAGCUCAGCGAUUGCUAGCGCUAUUUUGCACUUGGCGUUAGGUUACGUAACGUCGGUGACGAUCGACAUGGGUUUUCUGGUGGAAUCACAGACGGAGGAGGAGUUGCCCGAAAAGCUAUUUGGGGCAGUUAGGGUUUGUCAAAUGGAGAUGAGCUCAGCUACGUUUAUUGAUACGACGUCGUCAAGGAAGGUAUUACCCAGUGCUAAUUUACAUAAUCCUAUCAAUAGUAGCAGAGUCCAAGCUGAGGAGAACGGUGAAAACGAAAAUGAUUAAGAAGAAAUUAAAACAAAAUUAUUUGAUAUUCUCAUAUUUUGUGGGAAAUUGUUGGUGGAAUCCAUGUAGAUAGAUGUCUAAGCUUAAGCUUAACCUUUUCUUGUCUAAUAAAAGUUUCAUUUCUUCCUCUCA